AUGUCUAUAAAGCUUACUAAGCAAGUUUCGCAUGCCUUUUCGGGCCUUGUUGGUGGCCUAUUUAUUGGUGUUUUCGUAGCAAAUCGAUACUACCAAUUCAUACAUCUGAACGACGACUACAAUCUCUACGAUCCUAAUUAUGGGAAUGAUCGGGAUGUGGAUUUUACUUCAUGCUGUAAACUGCGCAGACCUUUUUCAGGUUCUCCGUCACCUUGUUAUUCAGUUUCAAGAUUAUUUAGUGGUGCGGAGGCUCAAGAGCAACACUCUCUUUCAAGCAGUUCUUCGUACACAGAAAGCAAAAUACCAAAGGAAUCAAAAGCACGUUUUUUAAAUUAUGCUCGACGAGAUGGGGAAACUGGCGAGUACGUCCAGAAUCUGGAUGACUUUAUAGCAUGUAUGUUGUUGAUGGAGCCAUUACAUCGAAACCACGCUUCUUUGUCCCACUCAAACUGCCAUGAGAUAAAUUCUAAAGAGCAAGGCAAGAUGACGCAAACUGAAUCCUACCCAAUGGUAUCCCUACAACAAUUCCCACCUAUCGUGCAGACUAAGAUGAAGAACUUCUUUACUGCAGUAGAUUUGGACUAUAAUGGCAAAAUCAACUACGCUGAGUUUAUUAUGCUUUUCACCAUGCUUUCCACACGGCGUUCCACAUUAUACCGCGCGUUUCGCUUGUUUGAUUUAGACAGCGACGGACGGCUCAACGCCCCUGAAUUGGCGUUAUUGUUGAACACUAUUAUGAUUGAUCCUGCCGUGCAGAUAAAGGACGUAUGGGGAGGCAGUGAUGGGCACGAGGCCGGGGAGUCUCGAAUGAUGAGUAGGAGCCCUUUGACGACAAUCAACGAAAAAGAACCUAAGAGCCAGACAGAUUAUGACAAGCAAUCCAACCGACAGUUAGGCAUCCAUGCCAACUAUACAUCGAUUUUCCCAUCGUGGUUUUCCAUCCGGUCAAUUUUUUCUUUCCGAGAGACUGAAGCAGACAAGUCCCUAUCCGUCCGUUCUGCAGGAUCCUUUCGUAACAAGGAUUUAAGCUUCAACUUACCUUUUUCUUUGGUUGAGAGGAUUGUCUAUGGGCCGAUAUUACGCCAUGAAUUUGUACCACCAGAGUCCAUUCAUCCACAGAGCACCUCUAAUCAAAGGAACCACCUCAAUGAUCGUGAGGAUGCUAUGCGAACAGAUGCAGAGAAAAAGCUUUUUUCGUUUGAUUCAUUCUGGCACCGUUCAAACUUUCUGAGAUGGGAGUUGCGUGCGAUCGAAUUCGGGAUCUUUGACCCUUCAAACACAGGGUUCAUUCACUGUGAUGAUUUUCACAAGAUAUUAACACACCAGCUGGAGUCCAGGCCAAUGAUGCCAAAGAAGGAGAAGAAAAAGAAAAUGGGUAAAAAAUCUUUCUCUAGUGGUUCAUCCCCUUACAGUGGGACUGGGAGUGGCUGCGUCCUUCCAAAUGUUUCAUGGCACCUCUACGAGACCAUUUUUGAGAUUAUGCGUGAAUCCGAUGUGGUAUCCCACGCCCUUCAACUCGCGCUGGAUGCGGAACCACCUGCCCUGCCAUCACAGCUUAUCGCGGGUGCGAUUCCGGAGUUCAAUAGAGAGAAAGUUCAUGACCAAAUUAGACAGCUUACAAGUGAGCUCUACACGGCCAAUGCUAAGCAUGCCAGGAUUACACUGAAAAAGCUUGUGCGGCCAACGGGUCUGAUGCCCUCACAGUUAAAUCAAGCUCUUCGCUCAUGUGAGGACAUCCCAAGGCUUACACCGGAAGAGAGUGAAUUGUUUUGUUAUCUUUUUGAUCUAGACCACUCAGGAACCAUCACACCUGCUGAUUUUUCACGCUUGUCUGAGGCUAAACAAACUUUCUUUGCGGCAUACGUGCCCCGCUUUACAGAAUCGAAGCGAAACAAUAUUCAGCAUUUUUUCCACUGCAUGCAACAACUCGACUAA